GAUGCUGAGACCUCUGAUUCUGUACCCAAACUCAACCUUGAUGGCGAGGAUGUUUAUAAUUUUGAAUGGUCCAAAGGGGUGGAGGCAUUCAAUCAUAUGUCAAAGGAUCACCUUUGGGCUCUCCUGGGGAUUCCAGACCAGCAUUUGCUGUUUUUCAACACCCUUCAAGAUCCCUAUGGAAAUCAUGAUCCAUGGACCAAGGAGGGAGAGGACUGGUUCAAAUAUUCUGGAAGGGGAGAGCACCUAGCUCUCUGCUGGCAUCAGCUGGUUGGGGUGGUCAAAAUGGUCCAGAAUGCUUUUUCUGGAAAGCCUAUUUUACUUAUGGACAAAGUGGGAUUAGGAAAAACCAUCCAAGUCAUGGCUUUAAUUGCCAUACUGGCAUUUUAUCGUGAGUAUUAUACAACUAAUGGAUGCUUUCCAGGAAAAAUAGGCAAAAUAGCUGGAAAGCAAUGGAGGGGCGACACCCUCAAUAUUCCAGAUCUUUCCAUCAUUUUGGUCAUACUGGCAGCCUUAAUCCAUCAGUUCACUUCAGAAUUGCAUCAAUACCUUCGGCAAGGAAGCUUUGAUAUCCUGCCUUACAAUGGCAUUUGGAGUAACAGUUGA